AUGCCAAUCCUACAUCCACAGACAAUGGCCAAGAUCGAAGCUCGCACAGAACCAUAUACAAGGCGCUUCAACACCUUUGCUCGGAUCGCCGUCAUCUACUGGUUAUUGAGAUUCGUCGUUCUCGAUUCGUUCAGACAUGUCAGAGCGAGAGGUAUAGUGGGCACUGCUAAUGAGAUCAAGAACAAGGUGCAAGGUUUCAUAGUACGAUUGAUGUUAUCACUUCCUUCGUCCAAAGCGAAACUUCAGUUAGAGCUUGGUAAAGCACAGAGUGAGAUAAGGGAGAAACUCGUCCCGUCCAAAUACCCCGAUGGCGUAACGUUAACUACGGUCAGAAAGCUACCUGAACAAGGUAGGAGUAAAGAUUGGCUAGAGGGAGAAUGGACUAAUCUGAAGAAGUUGGAAAGAGGUGAUGUGGAUGCUGGACGGGUAUCCGGAGCGGUAUAUCACGGCGGCGAAGAGCUCAAUCAAGUGAUCAACGAAGCAAUGGCGAAAUUCGUGGUAUCGAACCCACUUCAUCCUGAUGUUUUCCCCGGGGUUAGAAAGAUGGAAAGUGAGGUAGUCAGUAUGGUACUCAAUUUAUUUAACGGACCGAGUGGUGCAGGUACAACCACUUCGGGAGGCACGGAAUCUAUCUUAAUGGCAGUCAAGACAUAUAGAGAUUGGGCUAGAGAUACAAAAGGCAUAACUAGACCUGAGAUGAUCAUCCCCUCUUCUGCUCAUGCGGCAUUCUGGAAAGCGUCCCAGUAUUUCAAGAUCAAGUUGCACGUCGUACCGGUCAACGAAGAGACUAGAAGGGCAGAUGUGAACGCUAUGAAACGUGCCAUUAACCCAAACACUAUCAUGCUAGUAGGAUCAGCACCAAAUUACCCAGACGGAGCUAUCGAUCCCAUUCCUUCUCUAGCUGCUAUAGCUAGAAAGUAUAAUAUCGGUUUACAUGUAGAUUGCUGUCUUGGUUCAUUCAUCUUGCCUUUUAUGGAGAAAGCAGGUUUCGGUUCGGAUAUAGAACCUUUUGAUUUCAGGGUAAAGGGAGUGACGAGUAUAAGUUGUGAUACGCAUAAAUACGCAUUUUGUCCUAAAGGCUCAUCGGUUAUCAUGUAUCAUUCACCGAAAUUGAGGAAAUAUCAAUAUUACAUCAUGACUGAUUGGGAGGGAGGUGUUUAUGCUAGUCCUUCAAUGGCUGGAUCUAGACCUGGGUCUAUCUUAGCGGGGGCAUGGGCAGUUUUGAAUUACAUGGGAGAAGACGGCUACACCCAAUCAUGCCGAGAAAUCAUCACAGCCUCUCGAAGUCUCAUCCAAGGUCUGAAAGAACGUUUCGCAGAUGAUUUGUAUAUCCUGGGAGAUCCAAAAGCUUGCGUGGUUGCAUUCUCUAGUAAAACGGUGAAUAUAUACGCUGUGGGCGAUGAGAUGUCAAAGAGGGGCUGGCACCUUAGUGCGUUGGGUGGUAAGCAAGGCGGUCUACAUAUGGCUUUCACGAGACUGAGCGCUCGAAAAGUCGAUAAACUAUUAGAUGAUUUGGAUGAAGUCGUAAAACAUGUUAAAUCUUCUCCAAACGAGCAGAAAGGUGAUCUAGUGGCUUUGUAUGGCGUUGGUCAGACGAGUGUCGGUCCUCAUGUGGUUGGACAGAUUGCUGAGACGUUCAUGGAUACUUUGUAUGCUUAA